AUGGAGGGCAGCCUCAGCGUCAAGCCGAGAUCCAACCCCCAGCCAGCUGAAUUCAGCCUGUCCCCCGAUCCCCAGCUGGUGCCAAUGGCCAUCGCGGCACCCCUGAACAAACCAGCGCCCCGUCUCAUUUCCACCCCACAGUUUGCAAGUGCCGUUCCCAAGACCAAACUGAACUGCCGAGAGGAAGCGGUGCUAACAGCAGGAAACGCGAGCCAACCAGACAGAGAUGGAGAAGCACCUGAGUCUCCUCUUGCUCUCCCUGCUGUACUGCCCGGUGGCUCGUGCUGGGGCUUUGAAGAGCCAAGUCAUAGGGGGGCAAGAAGCCAUCCCCCACUCCAGGCCCUACAUGGCUUAUCUGAAGUUAAGCGACUACUCUUUCUGCAGGGGCUUCCUGGUGGCCCCACAGUAGGUGAUGACCGCUGCUCACUGCUUCGGCUCACGGCGGAGGCUGUCCUGAACAAGUACGUGCAGACCAUCUCCCUGCCCAAGACCAGCAGCGACCUUCCCCCAGGGACCAAGUGCCACGUAGUGGGCUGGGGCCGUAUUGACCAGGCGGAGAUGACUGACAAGCUCUACGAGACCAACGUCACCAUAUACAGCUGCCGGAAGUGCUGCCGGGUCUACCCCAAUCUCAACAACGGCAUGAUCUGUGCCGGCAGCCCCCACCAGCUCAAGGACACCAGCCAGGCCAGUGCCAACGUGAGAUGGGGCGAUUCUGGCGGCCCUUUGGUCUGCAAAGGGGUGGCUGAAGGCAUCGUCUCCUUUGGCAAUGACUCCCCUCCUGGAGUCUACGCCUGCGUCGCCAGAUAUCUCCCCUGGAUCCGAAAGGUCAUGGGGUAGAAGAUGCUCCCAGCCCUUCCACUGCUGCCGGGACCAGCGCCGGCUUCCUUUCCCCAUUUCGUCUUCCAGCAGCCAGUCUCUGUCCUUCUCUGGCUGCCAAUCUAGCAUCAACCCCAGGGAACUGGCUCCCACCACUCCCUCGGGGACCACGGGAAGGAGGGGAGGCUGUAAGGGGCCUGUAUCAAUUGCCAGAGGGAGCUUCAGAUCUGUCCAUGGGAGACCUCCCUCCAGCCCUCAGUUCCUGCCCGUGUCAGCUGGGUCCAGGAAGCCGGUCCUGGGGCUGGCACUAGAUUCUGGAAGCAGAAGUGGAGAUCUUUGCCUCGGCCCAUCCAGGUCUCUUCCCUCACCCCCUGUGCUCACUCCUGCCGCUGUAAUGAGUGUAACGAGCCUGACAAUUAAAUGCCCACCUGCUUUGCUCUCCUGCCUCCCAGCCUCUCCUUU